GGACUCAGUAGCACCAAACUCAACCCCCCAAUGUCUCACUGAGUCCACCCGGUUGCCUCGUAUCGCAAGAAAGCUUGUUCGAUCUUCCUCUCCUGGUCUCGUUUCUAAUCGUAAUGGAAUCGUUUCUGAAACCCUAAUUUAAGAGGCUUUUCUAAAGUAGCAAUGGUUAAUGAUGGUGAGUGGACUGUGGUCUUACCUAGUAAACGAAGACAAGGAAGAAGAAAACCAAAACCUAAGAUUCAUGAAGAAGAAGAAGAAGAGAAGCCAUGGAAGUCAGAUGAUCUUGAGAUUGAUCUUCAAAGGCAAGCAAGAGUGAAGCAAAAGAUGGAAAACUCUAUCAAGAAAGUAGAGAGCUCAAAAUUCUACACUACAUUCUUACAACAGCUCAAAUCCCCCGAGGUUUCCGACCAUUUUCGCCUCGUGUUAGGGGCAGAAACACAGCUUCAGAUGGUGAUGUAUGGUGUAGGAAGCAUAGAGUCUUACGAAUCUCCGAGGUUUCAGCUCAGCAUUGCAAUCUUGAUAAAGAGAGAGUUUGAUUGGGUUGGUGACAUCGAAGUGUUCGAUCCAGUCCUCUCCGCGACUGAAUCUAGUGUGAUGGAAUCUCUUGGAUGUACGGUUUUGUCUGUGAAUGAGGAAGCUCGUAGGGAGGCUUUGAAGCCUACUCUUUUCUUCAUGCCACACUGUGAGACUAAUCUGUAUAACAAUCUAUUGAAAACAAAUUGGAGGAUGGAUUGUUUAUCGAAAAUCGCGUUGUUUGGGAACAGCUUUCAGAUGUAUGAGGAGCAAGUGACGUUGGACCCGGAAUUCAUCGGUGCCAUCAAACGGAUUGUAGCUGCACGAAGAGUCGCUAGUGAGUUUGCUGUGGAUACUGUGUGUGAUGAUUAUUUUCCAGCGUUCCAUGAUUCUAGCUGGCAUUUUUUCAGUUCCGGUUUGGAUUCGGAGCUGCCAUUGUUGGUUUCAGAGGGAUUAUAGAUCAUUGUUUCUUUGCAUUUGUCGAUGAAUUGUUGAAUUAUCAUUGACCUACCGUUAUUGCUAUCAAUUUGUGAUUGAAUAUUGCUUGGAAUAAUAAUGAAUAUGUUAUAACAAAUUAAUAUGUACCCCUCACUCUGUUGUAGUAAGUUUUCACAGCUAAGUGUAUGUUCUCGGUUUAGAUUUGUGUUUUGUUGUGACUCCAAGUUGUGGUAAUUAGUUGGUACAAUUGCAAUUUGCUAGGUGCCAACAAAUGAGAGGAGACAA